AUGUCCCUGGUUGUCAAACUUCCUACUGGCAUGGCUUCCAACUUGCUCGGAAAGCGCAAGUCCGCUCACCAUGGAAGCGCCGAACGGGGGCUCAAGAGGCAGAAUGUCGCUGAGCUCUAUGCGCCAACGAUGGUCACCGUUGAGAUAUCAAACUCCUCCAUGGUCGAAGAUGGAGCAGAAGUAGAGGAAGAGCAAUUCCAGGUACCUCGUGGACUGAUCUGCGCCUACUCGGCGUACUUCGACAGUGUUUUUCGAAAGCAAUUCGUAGAGAGUGACACCGGCCGAUCAGUCGUUGAUGAUGUGCGGCCCUGGGCCUUUCGUGUGUUUAUUGGCUGGCUGUACUUCCAGCGAAUUUCUUACAUCGGCGACCGCACAGAGCCCAAGACCUUUCGAGCGGCGAGCCACACUAUCGACUUAAGCCACGAUACAACUUUAAACGAGAACUCGUCAAGCUUCGGGACUGAUUUGGAUUGGGAGCAUUCAAAUGCUACGGAAACAUCUGCGUUCGCACCAAACACCUCUACUUCUCAUCACAAGGAAGUGACUGGCCCGAGACACAGACCAUGCCUCAGAGACAAAUGUGAUAUCUGUGAAAUGAUAGACGACCAGGACCCACUCACUUGGAACUGGCAGGAUCUUUUUGAGCUCUACGUCUUUGGAGAAAAGUACGAUGUCCGCAGCUUCCGCAUGAAUGUCCUCGAGGUCAUGCAAAAGAAGCGCUUGGCGAGACAGGCCCAUGCCUUUCCAAAUCCAACUGCGUUGAGGUACCUAUUCGACAACAUUCCUGCAGGCUCAGCCGUCUUGGACAUGGUCGCAAAGAUUUAUUACGAUGCCACAAUGUCAUCGACAGUCCUUAUGCAAGACAUGCAAACUUUCUCUGCAAUGCCUGCACCGUUCCUCGCAAUUUGUCUCUUGGCGGCCGCGAAGAGAGCCAAAGCCUUGAAAUGCAAAGAAUGCAAUCCGGGCAAGGGCAGACAUGGACACUCCGAUUCUCAUUCCAGAGACGAUCUUUUCGGGUUUGAAUCUAUGGAUAACUGCAAGUAUCACGAACACGGCAACGAUCUUCAGGAGAAAGCACGAUGCAGGGCAGCUAUGGACGCAUGGAAUGAAGAGCGUCUUCGAGCCGAGCAAGAUGAGGGAGAAGAAGAUGCUACUUCGUGA